AUGUCAAACCCACUAGACACAGACGCCGGCUCGGAGAUGUUCGCCAGCUAUGAGAACGAACUGAAGCUAGUCCAAGCCGAUCUGAACCAGAAGCUGGACCAGAUCGCCGAGGCAAGCGGCGAGCAACGGAAAUCCGCAAUCAGCAAUGCGACAUCAGUACUCGACGAAGCGACAGAACUGCUCGACCAAAUGCGCAUGGAGAAGCAGAACAUCCCCUCAGCCGCACGAUCAAAAGUGAAUGUCCGCUUCCGCAACUACUCAACCGACAUCGAUGAAAUCAAGCGCAAGCUGAAGUCCCUCUCAGACGAUCGCCAAGCCCUCUUCGGCGACCGGUAUACCGACGAGCCGCAAGAUGAGCACCUCGAACAAAGACAGCAGCUGCUUUCCGGCACUGACCGACUAGAGCGCAGCUCCGCUCGGCUCCAGCAGAGCCAGCGCAUCGCGCUGGACACGGAAGAUAUUGCCCGUGGGACACUCGGGACGCUGUAUGAGCAGCGAGAGCAGAUCACCAAUGCUAGAAACAACUUGCAGCAGAGCGAGGGUUAUGUGGAUACUAGUAUCAAGACUUUGAGGGGCAUGGCCCGUAGGAUGGCUACCAAUCGGAUGAUCACUAUUGCUAUCAUCACGGUUCUGGUACUUUUGAUUUUUGCUGUUAUUUAUGGGAAGUUCCAUUAG